UCCACUUUUGCAGUUUCAGAGGCUUUUCAGUGGAACCCUCAACUCGCAGGCGCGCGCUUUUCGUACACCAAACGCCGACUAAAUCGCGGAGCCUUUGGUUUAACUCCCGGCUCAUUGACUUGGUCCCUAUGGUUUACUAGUUAUUUUCAUCGCUUUAUCUGUGUGUAGUAGUUUAAUGGACGGACGGUAGAAUUUCGAAUUGUUGCAGCGUUGUUUAGAUUGUUUUUGCUGUUUGAAGAAAUUGUUUAAUCCACAUAGGAGGGUCCGCAAAGUGACAAAGAAGAUCAUAUGAUCAAAAACUUUGUUUGAUGGAACAACCAAGGCGAUCAGAACUCAAGAUGGCUGCGUUGAUAAAACGCAGCGUGCCUUUCCUUCUGUUGUGGGCAGCAACAUUAGGUGUAACUUCUGGUCUGCCUUCGAUGAGAGAUAGUCUGACAAAUCCGAUACACGUUUACGAGGGCGAAGACGCCCUAGUUACGUGUGUGGUGAGAGAUAUUGGGAAAAAUACGGUAAUGUGGAAGAAAGAGGAUCGCGAACGGCACAGCAUGAGGGUGCUGACAGCGGGUGCGACGAGAGUGACUGCUGAUAAGAGGUUCGCAGUCCUCCAUGACACAGAUGAAAAACCGAUUCCAUCAGGUGGUGAUGUAUGGGUUCUUCUAAUAAAAAGUCCGAAGCCGACGGACUCCGGAAUAUAUGUGUGCGAAGUAAAUAGCAACCCCAUCGUACGGAGUUUUCAUAAACUAAGUGUUUUAUCCAAAUCAAUGCUACCACCAAAUAACACCACUGAGGCUCCCUUCGAUGAUGUCAAACCUCAAAGUUUCAAUAGCAGAAAUCAUAAUUACACAGAUUGUUGUAUUGCGCAAAAUGUCUCUUUGCCAUGCUUAGGGUUCUGCAACAUUCAAAGCAUAUUGGAAGGUAGUACUGGUCAAGAUCCAGAAAACUGCGAAUCGGACUUCCCAUCGAUAGUUAAAUGUAUGGCUGACGGUAGAAAUCAUGUUCCUUGCUGCAUACAAGAAAGAGUGCCUGAUAUUUGCCAGGACGUGUGCAGGGGCGAAUACACCGCUAUCACUGAUAAUAUUAAGACCCAUUUUUCUUGUUCAGCCUAUACGGAACAGACAUUAGCUUGCAUAGUGGAAGGCAUUGAACUAUUGCCCAGCGCUCCAGAGAACGUAGAAGUGGAGGCGCUGACGGAGAAGUCGCUUAUUGUUUCCUGGAGCUCUCCUGAGUCCAACAGUGACUCAGUAACAGAAUAUUCAAUUAACGCGACAUCGCUGAAGACAUUUGAUGACCAUAUUUUGGAGCCGAUCGUCGCCAAUAAUAAAACAUCAACAUCGCACAUGAUUAACGUCAAAGUUCCUGGCAGCCAGUUUUCAACUGUAUUAAAUAAUUUAGUGCCGUUCACUAUGUACGAGGUUACCGUAACGGCACGCAACAGACACGGUUCUAGUCUACCCAGUUACAAAGUAAGAUCUUUAACACUGACACCAGGCAAAAUGAAGCAAACCAAAGUGGGUCAAGCUCCAGAACUUCCGGACAUAAAAUCAUGUUGUACAAACAAGGGAAUCGCACAUAGUACUUGCGUCAACAAACUCUGUGACCCAGCUAAAACUGAUACUGUCGAAAUUACGGAUAUGAUGAUUUGCGCUCCGUGGGCAUCAGAUACCUUUAGUUGUUUGACGAACGGAUUAGACCAUACACCCUGUUGUAAAGCCAGAGGUCUUCCUGAUAUUUGUCAGGAAUUAUGCACAGGGAAUGUUAGCAGUAUUGAUUUUAAUUAUUUUAAAUGUUUGAGGUACAUGGGAGAAUACACAAACUGCCUUCUACAAGGUUAUGGCGUACUUCCAAGUGCUCCAACUCAGGUUCAUAUAAGUAAUAUAGAAACAGAAUAUGCAAUUCUCCACUGGUCUCCUCCAAAAACCUUAGGAGAUACAGUAACUCAUUAUAAUGUACACAUCAGAAUGUUUGAUUUAGACGACGGCGAAUAUAAAGAGAUUUCUAAAGUUCAUAGUCCUUUUGUAUUAGAAGAUCUUGAAAGUGAUACGGAUUACGAAGUUUACGUGGAAGCUGUAAACACUCAUGGUACUGGUACUCCCAGUAGUAGACUAACAUUCAGAACGGAGAGCAAGUUGCUAGAGGAGAAAAUCGAAGAAGCAUCUACAUACAAUGUUACAGCUUGCUGCGUUGAAGCUCAGCUAAGUAACGUUUGUUUGCCAUUAUGUUCUUAUGAUGCAAACAUGAGCGAUUUGAAGCUGCUCGCAGGUGUAUGUAGUGUUGAAUUUCACAAGCUUCUCAGAUGUGGAGCAGGAGGUCGUAACCAUGGAACAUGUUGUACGCGACGUGGUGUUCCACCAAAUUGUUUGUCUCUAUGUUCAGGUGUCAUAGUAGAUAGUUUAUUAAGUACUGCUACAACAUGCAUUCCAUAUAUAGGAAAUAUAGCUCAAUGUUUUGAAGAAGGAACUGGAAUGCUACCUGGCCCCAUUUCUGAAUUACACGGAACUGUAGUUGAUAAAAAUACUAUUAUGCUAGAAUGGGAACCACCAGUUGAGGGCACGAAUGUAACCGAUUAUGUGAUACACUACCAAAAAGUUGAUAACACAUCUAUGCAUGAAACUUUACUAAAACUAGAUAACCAAACUAAUACCACUAUGACGACUGCCACUAUCACUGGCUUGGAAGAAAACCAAAUGUAUCAUGUAUUUGUAGUAUCAAGAAACGAACACGGCACUUCUCUUCCGUCAUCUAUAAUUGUGAUAAAACUAGUCAAAACCAAUGAAUGGGUAAAUGCAGUUACUUCGCCUCCUCAUUCUUUAGCCGUUGCAAGUCACAGUGCUACGUGGGUAACUAUUACUUGGCAACCACCUGAAUUUAGCCAUCCCUCUCAACAAAUAACUUAUAGACUAUACCAUAAGUCAACUCAGGAAACUACUUACCACAUCACUAAUACAAGCGUAACAUCACAUAUGAUAUCAGAUUUGAAUCCAAAUACCCAAUACAUUGUAUAUGUCACAGCAAUUACUGAGAAGGGAAUGAGUAUGCCUUCAGAAACAUUGAUUGCAUGGACUGACCCUGCUUACCCCGCUUUCGUAGAGCCUCCAACAGUUCAUCCAAUAAACCUUGUAAUAGAAGGUAGCAGUAUGACAAUUCUUUGUAUUGCUAUGGGUACUCCAAUGCCCACAAUCUCUUUGUACUUAUCUGGAAGACUUGUAAGACAAGAAACAACUAGACAUAUGGUAACUGUUGUGCAUAAUGUCACUCGAGACAUGGAUCAAAUCUCUUGCUACGCCGAUAACGGUUACGGAACACCCAUGCAAGCGUCCAGAAAAAUUACUAUUAGUCAUGGACCACAUAUACAAGCCAGCGGAAUAACUAUGGCACAUAUGGGCGACUCGGUAACGUUAGAGUGUCGCGUUGAUGCUGAACCUGAACCAAAAAUGAUUUUCUGGAGAAACCAUGAAGAUAGAACACCAGUAAUUCAAGGCGGAAAAUAUGAUAUAUCGAUAUCUAAAAUGAGAGACGAGGAAGAAAAGUACUUAAUGCAUCUCUCAAUAAAUAAAAUCACGGACAUGGACGUAGGAGAAUAUUAUUGCCAUGCUGAAAAUGCUUUCGGCAGUGCAACCCAACCUGUAUCUGUGCGUAUCCGUAAUAUUGCAGCAACCAACAACGUUACCCAGUGUUGUUUGGAACAAAACGUAACGAAUUCAUGCAUGGAUGCUUGCUCCUUCCAUUUGGAUAUAGAUGCCGUCAUUGAUAAGCCCGAAUGCUUAAACGAUUUCGAUAAGCUAAUGAAAUGUGCUGCGGAUGGUUCAGAUCAUAGAAACUGCUGCGCUCAGAAUAAUGUUCCUAGAAGAUGCUUAGACUAUUGUAGAGGUGAACCGAUAUUAAACAACAAAAUGUGCGUCUUAAGCUACACCAAGCAAAUAAUGAGUUGUUUCCAUGAGGGAAGAGAAAAACUUCCAGGACCACCACAGAAUGUACGCGUCGAAUUUGUAGAUGCUCAUACAAUAAAAAUCCUUUGGGAUCCUCCAGCCAAAAAUCCCCAUACUGUUGAACUAUAUCGUGUAUUCUGGCGAAAUAUUGAUAAGGCGGGUAAAAAUGGUUUUAAGGGUGACACUUCCGACAACUUUUUGAUUAUUGGAAAUCUUACGGAUGGUUCAACAUAUGAGGCUGUAGUUAAAGCUGGAAAUCACAAAGGAACUUCCACUUUAACCGACCCUAUUAAGUUCACAAUGGGUGAAAAAUACGUAACAUCGUCAGCUAGUCACGGAGAUGAUGGAGGCCAUGCUGGUGUCGUUAUAGCCAUUGUUUUAGCUUUACUUGUUGUAGCUAGUAUUGUAUGUGGUGCAAUUUGGUUUGUGAAGACGAAGAAAAUGCUAGGCAUUAAAAAUUCCAAUGGUAUUGCUUUCGAAAAUCCUAGUUACCUCCGAGAAGUAAAUAUGGAUCAUAUUCAGGUACCGCAAAAUCAAAGUGAGAAUCCGUUAGUGUCAAACGGUGCGCCAAAUGGAAUAGCAGUAUCAACUGCUUCUGGAGGAGCAGGUUGGAAGAAUGAAGCACUUCACGUUCCAGCUACUUCUACUGAAGUAAAUCCCACCCUCUAUGAGGAAUUAAAACUUGGUCAAGAUGGAGCUGGAUUCAAAAGAUUAAAGCCUUAGUAUGAGAGUGUUCUUGACGAAGGUCAUGAGUCCAGAUUUUAGAUAAAAAAUGAUGACACAUUGUCAUAGUGAUAGUAAAGUAUAAAAAAUUGUUCCAAAAAUUAUCCAAAAUUAUUGGGAAGGUUGUGGGCCAACAAUACUUUAUUCAGUUUCAAUUUGAAACUUACAAAGUUACAUUAAUAUUAAUGUAAUUUAAAUUAUAAAAUUUAGGCAUUCAAGUUAAAGGAUUUUUUUUAAAUAUCUUACCCUAAUUUUCGUCAAAAAACAUUUAUAUUGUACAAGUAAUUUAUAAAACGCUGAUAAUUUUUGGAACAUCGAAAUAUGUUGGUUUUAAUAUUUUAUUUAAUAUUAUUAAUUUCAUAAUAUUAAAUAAAUACCUCAUUUAGUUAAUUUAUUAGCUUAGGUUAUAAAAAUGUGAUUUAUUUAAUAAAAACUACACGUUAUACUUGGGAUAAUGGAUAUAGUUAUAAUAUGUCAAUCUAUGAAAAACACUCUAGAAUAUAUCACGUUGCUAGAAUAGUGUAGAACAAAAAAAAACUGCAAAACUGAAUAUAAGAAAAACAAUCAAGAAAUAUAAAGAAAAGUGAUAAAAUGGAUUAUUUUGUAUAAUAGGCCUAAUAUUCAAUAAUUGUUUAGAAACGUUUAAGCAACUAAGAAAUAUUCCAUUCCACAUUCCGUCAGAAUAUAUUACUGAUUUUUGUAGGUGCAAGAAGAAUAUGGUUUUUAUAUUUCUAGAUGGAGUUUUGAAGUCUAAAAAACAAUAUUAGUCUAGAUUAUCUAUUAUGAUUUAUACAUUUUAUAUUACAGGCGCAAAUAACCCUUUCUGCCGUUAUUUUUACCCCAAUAGCAAUACUAAACAUUUGCUCUUAAAUUUGAAUGAAUUUUAAAAUGAAUGUCUACGUAAAAUACGACUGCAAGGGCUAAUGCCGGUUAAAGCCAAUAUUUAACGCAGUAACCGCUUUGUAUAUGUCAACGAAUCCCUUCAAACUUUGAUAACUACUCUUAUAUCAACAAUAUCUACCUGAUUUCUAGUCGUUUACAUAGUAAGAGAUUUUUUUGAAAUAAAUAUAAUAUCAGUCUUUGCAGUCAACUGCUGACUGAAAUCUUAUUUCAAAGAACUCUAUAAAUUACUAAAACCAUGUUCUUUGUUAAUACAUGAUGUGUAAAAGGUGAAUGUCUAAAACGAUUACACAUCUUGUUAAGCUUAGGUGUUAUUUUCUGUAAAAUGUAUAUAUUAUGAACAAAAUAUAUACAUGAUUUGUGCCUUCCACAAAAGUAAUGUAUAGUAUAUCUGAUUUUAAUAAAUGUGUAGAGAACUUUUUAGAUGUAAUUUCUUUGUACAUAAUUUUUAACAAUUUGUAAAAUAUAUCACAACAUAGAUGAUCUAUAACAAAUAGUGAUAAAAAUAAAUAUUACAUCCCA